AAAUAGAAAAGUAGAAAAAUCGAACUUGUAACAAACACACUCCGUAAUAUAUCACUCAACAAAUCCACACCUGUUUCUGAUAUUAACAUCUCACCCAAUCCAAUCUCUCCACUCUACAGCUCUUUCCCUCCCGCUCCCAAAGAACUCUCACCAAAACCUCAAAAGAAUUUAGAUCCGUCCAUGUGCUACAAAAAUCUCAGAUUUCCAAUUCCAAAUCGAUAAUUUCUCAUUGAUGAUGGUAGAGACUGCAGCACCGCCACCGAGCAGUCGUUUCAAUUACAAAAGGCUUGAACUAAAACGCUGCCUUCCUGCUUUUUUAUCUUCUCACAAAACUCUCUUUUCUCUCCUCUGGAUCGCCGCCUUCGCCUCCGUCUUUCUAUGGAAACGCAAUCCCGUUGGUGCUGGGCUCGCCGUUUUCUGGAGAGGACCCCUCCGCCCCAUGCCUCAACUGCGUCCCGUGGCUUUCAAUUUGACGGAUUUUGGUGCCGUCGGUGAUGGUGUUACUGUAAAUACCGAGGCUUUUGAGAGGGCAGUUUCGGCAAUCUCGAAAUUGAGGAAGAGAGGUGGUGGCCAACUUAAUGUGCCUCCAGGGAGAUGGUUAACGGCACCGUUUAAUUUGACUAGUCAUAUGACUCUCUUUCUUGCUGAGGGUGCUGUUAUACUUGGAAUCCAGGAUGAGAAGUAUUGGCCUUUAAUGCCUGCAUUGCCUUCAUAUGGGUAUGGGAGAGAGCAUCCUGGACCUCGAUAUGGAAGUUUAAUCCAUGGUCAAAACCUCAGAGAUGUUGUUAUAACUGGACACAAUGGUACCAUAGAUGGACAGGGUCAAACAUGGUGGAAGAAGUAUCGCCAAAAGCUACUCAACCACACUAGGGGCCCCCUUGUGCAGAUAAUGUGGUCACGUGACAUUGUGUUUACGAACAUAACUCUGCGAGAUUCCCCAUUUUGGACACUUCAUCCAUAUGACUGCAAGAAUGUAACAAUCAGGAAUGUUACGAUUCUGGCACCCAUAUUUGAAGCCCCAAAUACUGAUGGAAUUGAUCCUGAUUCGUGUGAGGAUAUGGUAAUCGAAGACUGUUACAUAAGUGUGGGUGAUGAUGCGAUUGCAAUAAAGAGUGGCUGGGAUCAGUAUGGAAUUGCAUAUGGACGACCUUCAACGAAUAUUCUCAUCCGUAAUCUUGUAGUUCGCUCUAUGGUCAGUGCCGGUAUAUCAAUUGGCAGUGAGAUGUCAGGUGGGGUAUCAAAUGUCACCGUGGAGAACAUCCUUGUGUGGAGCUCAAGGCGUGUAGUGCGGAUCAAGACUGCUCCUGGAAGAGGGGGGUAUGUUCGACAUAUAACUUACAGGAACCUGACAUUUGACAAUGUAAGAGUUGGAAUUGUUAUCAAGACGGAUUACAAUGAACACCCUGAUGAAGGUUAUGAUCCAAAAGCUGUUCCAAUACUCGGGGACAUAAGCUUCACUGGAAUCCAUGGUCAAGGAGUUCGGGUGCCUGUUCGCAUACAUGGGAGCCAAGAAAUUCCAGUUAGGAAUGUGACUUUUUGGGAUAUGUCAGUGGGUUUAACUUACAAGAAGAAGCACAUAUUCCAGUGUGCCUAUGUUCAUGGUCGUGUAAUAGGGACUGUCUUCCCUGCCCCAUGUGAAAACCUUGAUCGGUAUGACGAACAAGGAAAGCUAGUUAAGCGAUCUGUCUCCCAAAACUUAACAGAUAUAGAUUAUGAUUUUUGAUGGGUCAACUCAUCUUUCUGAAGGUCAAUGACACAAUGUAUGACUGCAUCAGACAAGCCAGACAGAUCACGUUGGAGCAGUUCAACUUGUUCUCAUGGUCUUCAAACGCCACCAUUUUUAUAUCUCUCUCCACUUGUAUAUACCAGAAAUUUUCAGCGGUUUAUACUUUUGUGAGCUUCUCGGAUUGCAUAGCAUUCCUUUUCUUUUACACACUGCAAAUCCUCCUCUUGUAUGAUUGUGCCAAGAGCUAGCAAGCAGUCAAAUUACUCUUGUAAUUACUGUGAAAUAAUAACAUCAUAGUUCUAUCGGCAUUCCCUUUAUAA